GACCAGUGCUAUGUCGGCAUGGCAAAGCCUUCUGGAGGAUCAGGCUCCUUCUACCAUGAUGGCGCUUCCUACCACCAUGGCGGCUCCUACUAUCACGACGGCUCCUACUACCACCACGGAGCCGAGCCCUACUUGGGCAUGGGUGACUCCUACCAUGGUGGCGCCUCUUACUCCCACUCCUAUGGAGGCGCCUACCAUGAUGGUGGCCUCCAUCAUGGUGGCUACUACCAUGGGGGCUCUUCCUACUCCAUGGGAGGUCAUGGUGGCUCUUCCUACACCGUGGGGGGCUCCUACCACCACGGUGGCUCCUCAUACUACCAGCAUGGCGGCCACUACUCCUACCACUCUUCUGGUGGCCACUCGUACAAACUCGGGGGCCACUACAAAAUGCGCGGUUCCUACGGCGCUCACCACGCUGCUUGCCUAAACGGUAGCUAUUUUGCUCGAAACCUUAAACUCGAGGCGUAA